UUUGAAGUAAAUUUUUACCCUAACCUAUAAUUUAAAUAUUGGCGCCAGUGAAACGUGCGAAUCUUUCAUCGUUUAUUCAAGAUCAUUUAAAAUUUACAGAACAAAGUUUUUCGCAUAACUACCUUUUUUUCAUUAAAUUAUCAUUUAUGUACGAGAUAUUUCUGGCUAAUGUUUCAUAUGUUUACAUCUACGAACAAAUGCCGAGAUCUUGUCACCAACUGGCCACUUGUUCUCUUAAUUAACAAUUAAUCUCAAGCAAUAUGUGUACGCCAGCGAAGAUUAGAAAAUUAGACGAAGUCGUGGUGAAUAGAAUUGCAGCUGGGGAGAUAAUUCAGAGACCGGCAAACGCGCUAAAAGAAUUGAUAGAGAAUAGUUUGGACGCCAAAGCGACGAACAUACAAAUCACCACGAAGGAAGGAGGUUUGAAGUUAUUACAGAUACACGAUAAUGGCACUGGUAUUCGAAAGGAAGACAUGGACAUUGUAUGUGAAAGAUUCACCACGAGCAAGCUGCAAAAGUUUGAGGACCUCGGCGCUCUUACGACAUUUGGAUUUCGUGGAGAAGCUCUAGCUAGUAUCAGUCACAUAGCCCUUUUGACUAUCACAACAAAAACGGCGGAUGAAAAAUGUGCAUACAAAGCAUCUUAUAUUAACAGCAAGCUAAAAGCACCUCCAGUGCCUUGUGCUGGAAAUCAAGGCACCGUAAUAACAAUAGAGAAUCUAUUCUAUAAUGUGGCGACUCGUAGAAAGGCUUUGUCAAAUCCAUCAGAGGAAUUUACCAAGAUUACGGAAGUAGUUAUGAGAUAUGCUGUGCAUAAUCCAGCAGUAGGAUUUACAUUAAAAAAGCAUGGCGAGCCAAGUCCACAGGUCCGAACGCCAUAUAAUUCGACAAAACAGAGCAACAUAAGAAUAUUAUAUGGUAAUCCAGUUGCUCGUGAACUAUUGGAGAUUGAGCUUGACGAUAAGGAUUACCAAUUUAAGAUGCAUGGUUUAGUGACAAAUCCGAAUUAUACGAAUAAACGAAUGAUGAUGCUGUUAUUUAUCAACAAUCGAUUGGUCGAUUCCCUUUCGAUCCGUAGGAUGUUAGAAGAUUUGUAUUCUGUGUAUCUUCCAAAAAAGGCCCACCCAUGGUGUUACAUAUCUUUGGAUAUUAAUCCACAGAAUAUUGAUGUUAAUGUACAUCCGACGAAGCACGAGGUCCGAUUUCUUCACGAAGAUGCGAUAAUUGAAAGAAUGAAAUUUGCUUUAGAUGAAAGAUUGGCUGGUAACAGCGCAUCCAGGACGUUUUACUUACAAGCCAGAUUACCGAAAGCGGACAUUACUAAAGAAGUUCUGGAAGAGAUAUUACCAGAAUAUAACAAAGGAAAUCCAGAUAAUAAAUCAAAAAAGAUUUACGCCAAAGAGAUGAUUAGGACAGAUUCGUCCGAUCAAAAACUUGACAAAUUUAACUUUACUAUACACUUCGAACAACGUAAUAAUGACGAUAAUACUCUGAAGGAAUCAACACAUAAUACAGAACCCAAGUCUCUUCAUUCUGAAAUUCCAUUAAAAAACGUUGUAUCUAACGUUAUUACAGAAAACUUGCCUGUUGACGGUAAAUGUCAAGAAAAAAACUCGAACUUGAAUCUAAAUAUUACAGAACACAAUUCUGCAUUAUUACAUAUUGAAAAGACUCCAACCGAUAUCUCAGGAAAUUGGAGCGGUAUAGUAGAUGAUAAAACUUCAACUUCAUCAGACUCGCAAACCAUCGGCAAUUGCAUUAAUUCUGCGCAAAAGGAGAAUGAUCGUCCAGAGAACAUCACGUUUGAUAUCGCAGAAUUUUUACAAGACUUUGAUGAGACAGCAGACGAUCCUGAAGAAGAUAAGCCUGUAGAUGUUAUAGCUGAUAAAGCUCGUAAACAGGUAUAUCAAUAUUUCGGAAACAGGGAUAUUCUUGAGAGUACACAGAAAAGUUCCGAAAAAAGAAAAGAACAGACAUUGAAUAUUACAAACGAUAACACGAAAGAAGUUGAAAGUUCAGUAUCUAACGCAAGUCAAUCUCAGGGAGUACUUUCUGCCGAGACAAAUGUCCCUACCGAUGAAUCUCUGAAAUCUAUACAGCAAUUUAAGUCAUAUUCUGUGAAUAAUUUUAGACACGAAGUAAAAUUAACCAGUAUCCUGAAAUUACGAAAAGAUGUCGAAGACGAAUGUCAUGAGGGAUUAAGAAACAUUCUAGCUAACUUGACAUUUGUUGGUUGCAUUGAUCAAACUUCGGCUUUAAUACAGAGUGGAGUAAAUUUAUAUAAAUGCGAUACAAAAAAAUUAGCGGAAGAGCUUUUUUAUGAAAUCAUGCUUUAUGAUUUUGCAAAUUAUGGCGUCAUCAAACUUUCAGAACGGAUAUCGUUGUUUGAUUUAGCAAUGAUUGCUUUAGAUUCGGGAGAAACUGGCUGGACAGAAGAGGACGGGCCAAAGGAAGAAUUGGCGGGUAGAGUAAAAGAAUUGCUUUUAGAAAAGGCAGAUAUGUUGAAUGAAUAUUUUUCAAUAGUUAUAGAUAAAGUGGGAAAUUUGAGAUCAUUGCCCGUUUUAUUAGAUAAAUAUUUUCCAUAUGAAGCAGAACUUCCAUUAUACAUAAUGCGACUAGCAACGGAAAUUGACUGGAGAAAAGAGCAAGUGUGUUUCCAAAAUAUUUGCCGGGAAACAGCAAAAUUUUACAGCUGCAUCAGUCCGAAGCAUCAGACAUACGACUGGAAAUAUAUAACUGAACACGUUUUAUAUCCCGCAAUUAAAGAAAGUUUACUUCCACCAAAACACUUUGCUCACGACUCAACGAUAUUACAGAUAGCCAGUUUACCUGACUUGUAUAAAGUGUUCGAGAGAUGUUAAUUAAAAAAUUUUUUUUUAUUAUUUUAAAGAUAUUCAAAUGUUUUUUUAUGUACCACACAAGAAUUAAAUUGACAAACUUAAAUUCAAUAGCAAAAGAAUUUAAUAUUAUGUAAAUUAUGAAUAUUAAUUACGACAUACAGUAUUUUGUGAUAUCGAUUUUUUAAAUAAUAUGUUGACAGUUUGAAGAUAAUAAAUAUAUAUACCUUUAUU